UGGUACCCGGAGCGUUACGACAAGAGUGAUAAGGUCGAGAGAAUGUGGAGUUGGAUGUCCGAAGAGAUGCAGGAAAGACAGCGGAAUAAGAAAGAGAAGGAGAUCGCUGUCAAGAAGGUGGAGGAAGAUAGGAGGAAGAAGGAUGAGGAAGAAAGGCGUUUAGCUGAUGCGAAGGAGAAAGAGGAAUUUAAGGCGGGUAUUGGGUUGAUGGUGCAAAGUCAGAUGAGGAGUGUCUGUGAAGAAGUCCCGGGGAGGAAAGUGGUUGAAGGCGAACGACCUGUGGCUGCAACGACGACCGAAAUCCGGCGACGUACGGAAGCGAUUGCGAAGGAAAAUCAGGAGCGCGAGGAACUUCGAAAGAAGGAAGAGGAGAUUGUGAAACUAAAGGAGGCGAUGACUGAGAUGCCAUGGCAAACUUGUCGACCACAUCAAUCGGAACAAGAAUUGGUAUCAUUACGCAUGAAUAAUCAGCAACUGAUCGAGGGCGUUAUUAGAUUGAAGGAGCAGGUGAACGACCUUGCUAAGGCUACUAAGACUUCAUUUGGGGCGGCGACGAUUACGAGCCCAUCCCCAUUGGCGGCUAAAGCGGUUGAGCCUACUCCUGCCGACUAUGUCAAACUGGCUGAAGCAUAUCAAAGAAUUCGCGAUGACAGGGACAUGACUCAGCGUGAAAUUCAAGCACUAAAGGAGAGGAUUGCCAAGAUCGGAUCCGCGACUGCUACCCCGUCCAGCAUCAAGAGGAAGAGGAUCUUACGUAAAAGCGUAUCACCACCCUCCAACUUACGAAUGCGACUGGUGAAGGUAGUAAGAAGGGGCAGCUAAACGUUCAGUUCAUCAAACUGAAGAACGAAGGACGAGACGACUUCAGGAAACGG